CUCCCGGGAGGACCAUGCGGGCCCCGGCCGCGUCGCUCGGGCUGCUGCUGGCGCUGAGCGCGCUCCGCUGCGCAGAGAGCACGGGUCGAGGCGUGGCAGACAGUCUGCAGAGGUUCUCUUCGCUGCCUGCCUAUCUCCCAGCCAGCUUCCACGUCUCUGAUGCAGAGGAGGCGUUCUUCCUCAAGGAGGCCAACCAGGACCUCAUGCGCAACGCCAGCCUGCAGGCCGGUCCGCCACACUCUUCAUCCACCGAGCCCAGAGCCCGCCCGCCAUCAACGCCAGCUACGGCCCCUUCUCUGCGGAGAAGACGGUGCCUUGGGACUUCCUGCUCACCCCCACCCCUUUUGGAAAUAUGGAGCGGUUCCCUUUCAACUGGAGGCUCAAAUCCCACAUCCUCGACAGCUCCAUCUUUUCCAACAGACCAAAGUGCAGACACUGUUCUAUGUCACUGGCAUGGGCUGGGAUGACAAUGACCCUGGGGAUGAUCUCCCCUGCGUUAAGAUGUUUGCUUUCCCAGAGGCCAGGGAGGUGGCGGCCAGCUGCCGGCUGCAAGGAGCCCCUGGGCUGUGUGUGGCAGAGCUGGAGCUGUUGCCUGAGUGGUUCAGCUCGGGUCUGGACCUGGAACCCGAGGAGGAGAUCCCGGCGAUACUGGGUGGCACGGCCAUGGAACUCUUCUUUGCUCUUUACCCAGCCAAUGAGGCUGGUCAGUGCCCGCUGGAGGAGGAGGGCAAAUGGGAAAACAACAUCCACUCAGAACAGGAGGAACCUCAGCCGGUGCUCCCUGCCCGGGAGAGGAUCGGCAGUGUGGUGGUCUACCCUACCCAGGACGACCUGCGGUGGUCCUUGGUGAGCCUAGACGACAACGUCGCUCUCUCCAUUCCUCUGAACCUCAUCCGGGAAGGGGACACGGCUACCUUUUUGGUUUCUCUGACCAGUGGCUCCGUGGCAGAACAGUUCACGCUUCGAAUCAAGGCAGCCGCGGGCGUGAAGAUAACGGCAGUGCGGGUGAGCAACGAGAACCAGUGGGCAGUGCAGGAGGACAUUGAGCAGGAUGGUACCCAGACCACGGCAGCCCUGGCCUGCGUGGGACACCACCUGGAGAAACAGAGCAGGGCAAAUGGCUCCUACUAUGAGAUUCUGCAAGUGGACUUCGGCGUUGACAACAGCAGUGGCCUGGCUGGGGCCCAGCAAAUCACCUGGCAGGUGGAAUACCCCGUGGAAGACUCCAUGAGCGAGCUCUUCGUCUCUGAGAUCUUCAUCAGCCAGACAACCUUUGUGGGCAUCGUCCCUCUUGCCAUGGUAAGAAACCAGAGCUCGUGACGAUGAGCCAUGAAGAAACUUCCUUUGCGUAUUUUUUCCUUUGUUAUCUUCGUGGACGUACGUAUGUGGGUAUGCCUGUGUGUGCAUACACGUGGAUUCCCUUGACUCAUACCAGGAUUAUCCAUCAUUGUUCUUCCAUCUUAGGAGUCAGGGUCUUCCAAUCAAACACAGAACUUGCUGAUAAUAUCCAGUUUCUUGAGCCAGUUUGCUCUGGGGAACCCCCCUGUCUCUGCCUUCCCAGCCUAGAACCACUCUUGGGUCACCUCACCCACCAGGUACUUGCGUGGGUACCCGGGGAUUUGAGCUCCAGUCCACACAUGUACAGGACAAGCACUUUAACCACGUAGCCAUGCCCGGGCGCCUCCUCUUAAUACUUAAAUCACUCAAAGAAGCAUGGAGUGUCUUUGAGCCUAUCAUCCCUCACACACUUGGUGUGCACUAUUUGAAUGAGGGAAAUAUACUUAAACAGUGUUUUAUUUACCUGCUUUCCAUAAGGGCUCCUGGGGAGCCAUUUAGGAUUUACUGUAUCAAUCUCUUUUCAUCUGUGGUAUUGCCAAGUGGCUCCCGGGGACCCCUUGUCUUUCAUUGCUUCCAUCUGUGUUCAUAUCAGGUCCAAGUGUUAUACUUGGGGAAGACGGUUUCACUGAAGUGUGUCGUGAGUGUGUGCAGGGGACGGAGGAUCCAGAGGCCCAGGAACCAGCCCCUCGUCACUUGGCACUGCCCUGAGCACCCCCAGGUGGCCCGGGGAUUGGCAACAUUUAAAAUGCAGAUGGACUAAAAGAGCCUUGUUGGGAACAGACCGGCUGAAACUGGACAGGGUCCCAGUGCCCAUUAAACUGCCCACAUGUCUGCCCUGUUGGCAUGGCAGGGAUGGCAUUUCUUCCUCUGAGUGUGUCUGGGACCCCGUUCAUAUAAGGCUCAGGAGCCACAGUUGAGAA